CCAGGAAUCACCAAAUACUUCAAUAUUUCGUCGAAACACUCGCCUUUUUCACACCAUCCAUCAAUCACCGAAUCUGUCAUUCAACCCCAGACCUUACUGCUAAUUGCCAGAGUAACUAAUUGAGCUAACCCGCCAAUCGUUCAAUAGCCAAUCAAAGACUGCUCAUCUGAUAUCGGGACCAUGGUCUUCUCUGGUAAGCCUUCACGGGCAUGUGAACCCUGUCGAGAGAAACGGAGAAAGUGUGACCUCAAGAAACCUUCCUGUUCAACAUGUAUGCGGAUGAAAAUUUCCUGUUUUGGAUAUCGAGACGUUCAUUCAGUCAAGAUCAAAGACCAAACUUCAGCCGUGAUACGGAAAGUGCAACGCCAGAGAUGUGUCAACACGAGAGUGACCCCCCAAUCCAACAGUCCAUUCAGCGAUUACAGCUCUCCGGAUCAGUUGGGUCAGCAAAGUGAUAUGGAGGUUGACUGUCUCCGAAUCUCAAGUCCUCCCGAGGAACUGGCACUUGGAUACUUCCUUUUCGUCUUUACACGAUCCGGCCCAUUCGCAUACCUCCAUGAACACACAACUACUCUCGCUAUUGACGAUGACAUAAUACAGGCCAUCCACGCCCCGGCACUGGCAUCUCUGGCUCUCGAACAUCGGCGAGGUGACCUAUUACGAGCAGCCCGUUACCACUACUCCAAAGCUCUGACUCGGACAAACCAAGAUCUGAGCGAUCCUCAAGUAGCUAUCCUCGACAAGACCCUUCUCCGUGUAUUGUUGCUCUCAACUUUCGAAGGGUUAGUGUUCGAAGGCCGAGGCUCAACGAGAAACUGGGAACUCCACGUGCAAGGUUCAUUGAGGCUCUUGGUCAUGCGAGGAAGACAGCAGUUCCAGACUGAAUUCGGGCGCAGACUAUUCCACCAUACCGCCAUCAAUGUGCUGACAGAUUGCAUAAUGCGAUCAAGUCCAAUAGCAGACGACUUCUUGCGACUGUACGAGUACGCUACCUCCGGCCAGUCGGGACUCGAUGAAGCCAGGACUCGCAUGAUCGGAUUCGUCUGUCGCUUUGCCAGAAUGUCUGAUGCCAGAAAAGGCAUGUUGGCGACGGACUUUGUGAGGGAGUGCAUGGAGCUUGACAAACAAGCUGCCGAGUUUAUUGAUACAUUCUACAAAGACACACCAUACGAAGUCAUCGAUGUCACUACGGAGGAGUACCGACAGAAUGCUCCUGGCACAGGAAUCUGCGCCUACAAGGAUACUAUACACAAAUACCAGUCUCAGCAGUCAACAAGGGUCUACAAUACCGCGAGACUCAUGCGAUUGACAGUCAAAGAGUGGGUAUACAGCGUCUUCGAUAGAAAUCGCCAUGGAGUCAUCCUCAAUGAACCCAGCGAAGAUGAUCCCCUCAAAGCAAGCUGGAACCAGCUUCCCAUCAAGGUCGCACUACAAGCCAGCGAUGUCAUUGACGAUAUGCUAGCCAGUGUUCCAUACUCACUAGAGCUGUUGAAUACACCGUUCCGAACGGCGUCGCGGUAUGUUGUCUGGCCACUUGCAAAUGCUGCAGGAUCUGAUGUUUGCCCUCCGCCUGCGAGGCUGUACAUCAUCGAUCGGCUGAAGGAGCUGGCUGUCAAAGCAAACCUUGACCAGGCUAUGCAGGCGGUGAAUAUGUUGGAGGAGAGAGUUCCGCUAGAGGACUGGCAAGUUAGCCUUGAUGGUGGAUGGUAUGUCGGUAUGCUAAUGACUAUUUGA